AUGCCCUCAGGAUCCGCUGCAGUGGACAGCGGCGCGACGCCGGCUCUAACUCGGCGCAGGAACAGCAAACAGGAGACCGGAGCUGGACUCUCCUCUCCGAUGAGCCGUAUUUCCACGACUUCCGGACAGGAUGAGUUCCAUUCCAAGGGGGACUCGCCUGUGGCGGAGGCGAAGGCAACCGGAGUGGACGGCACCAGUGUUCGGCAAGUCCUUCUGAUGAUUGUAAUUGUCACGGGGAUAUACUUUUUCUUCCUCAUGUUUGGGUAUUACCAGGAACAGAUCUAUCACCAGGUUGACCCAACUACCGGGAAGCGGUUUUCGUUCUCCUUCUUCCUUGUCUUUGUCAUUUGUGCCUCCAACAGUUUCUUCAGCCUUGGCCUGCUGCUUCUGCAGACUCGAGGCAACGCAAAAAAGGCUUUCCACGUUCUGGACGCAUUCAUUCUCCGAGAAGUCCUCUUCAUUUCCCUCUCGUACUCGGGUGCAAUGCUCUGCACCAACUAUGCACUCACGCAUGUCAACUACCCCACGCAAGUUCUCGUCAAGUCUGCGAAAAUGGUUCCCAUCGUCCUGGGGGGGUUUUUCGUCUUCCGCAAGACGUACCCGUGGUACGACUACCUCUCUGUGGCGGUCGUCACAGUGUCUCUGGUCCUCUUCAAUUUCGCAAAAGCCGGAGGCAGCAGCAAACAGACAGAGAGCACCGCGGUGGGGAUUUUGCUCCUCUGCGUGUCGCUGUUUUGUGAUGGCCUCACCGGGCCCCGCCAAGACCGGCUGAUGGCGCGGUACACGAACCUGGGUCCCGUGCUGAUGAUGUUCCUGACGAAUCUGUUUUCCACAGUUUGGACGGGGAUUGCGUCCGCCCUGAUUGAAGGCGAACAGCCCUUUAUUUUCUUGAAGCACGACCCAGACGCUCUCGGCAGCUUCGCCGCCUUCACUGUCAGUGGAUCACUCGGACAGCUGUUCAUUUACCAGUCCCUCCGAGCCUUUGGGAGUCUAUACACAAGUUUGUUCACGACUCUGAGGAAGGCGACUAGCACAGUCCUGAGCGUCUACAUCUUUGGGCACCGCCUGACGCCUGUCCAAUGGGCCAGCAUGUUUAGCAUUUUCCUCACGCUCUUAAUUCAGAGCUACUGCUCGAAAAAAUUCAAAAAGCAUGGCAAGGGUCACCGACACCAUGGCCACCCUCAUGGCCACAAAGAGCCGCAGUCUCCCUCUGGUCUCGGGAAGGAGACCCUAAAGAAGCAGAGCUAA